UUGAUGAUUUGAUCUUCUUUCUUCAUUACCAGCUUUCUUUUGUUGAGUUUAUCAUGAUUAUUUAGUCUAUUUAAGGACUUGAGGGGAGCAUGUACAUAAAAAAUAGAAAAUUUAAACUUUUCUGGUUUUCAGGCUUAUGUUAAAGGUCUAAGAACUGUGCAUUUGAAGAGUUAAAAGCUGAAAGCCACGUUUGUGAAUUAAUUUGUUCAUUUAUGACAGCUGUCAAAGUGCAAGUAAAACUUAUACCUUCAAUGAUCACAAUUUCAGUUAUUUUGGCUCAUCUGAAAACUUGGAAUUUUCAUCUCAAAACUCUAUCUCCUCCCAUGAUUUUCAUGCUACAGCAUUGAGAGAUACACCAUUUGAUUCAUGAAGAUGAGUGGUAAUGAUUCUUGUGCUGCUUCCGUCCGGCUGAAUAAACUAGUACAGCAAUGUUGGACCCCUCCAAAGCCCAUCAGCCACAAAAGUUCAGCUCUUGAAGAGUCUGUGGAUGAGGCAAAAGUAUGGAAACUGGACUGCAAUGCUUUUCUAUCGAUCUUAUACCUGCGUUUCAGUGGUGGAAGAAUUGAACAAAAUCUUGUUGAGCUUCAUUGCUGCCAAUUCAUGAUAAAGUGGUUUGGAACAAGUGAGGACUUACUUGUGACUGCAUCAUCAGUGCACAACGAUUUAUGGACCCAAAGUUUUGUCAGUUCAGUUCUACUGUAUGCAUUGGUCUUGCCUGCUGAACCUUUAGCAUUUGAAAAUUUUUUUAAAAGUUUAUUGUGCAGGCCUGAACCAGCUGAAUCUCAUCCUCCAGAAUGGCUAGCGCAAAUGUUAGAUUCGGAAAACUCUUAUCUAGUUCUUUUAAAAUCGUUGCUUGGCGCCCUCAAUUUCAUCUACAAUUUACAAAAGCUCCCCAGAAACUGGGAGCAGCCUUCAAAAACACAAAGUUUACUUGAGGCUUUCAAAUUGUAUCAUGAGUGUGGCUCACACAAGCUCAUCUUGGAUACUGUAGAGCAGCUGAUAGACGGGCCUGAGUGUAUAUGUGACCCUGCCUUGCGUGCCUGUGCUCUAUGGCUUAAAGGGCUUGUCGCGCAAGACAAUUCAUGUUACACGCUCGCCACUGCGUGCUACAGAGAUGCUCUCGCAUCAUGGCCUCGCCUAUCGCAUGUGAUAUUCAACGCAUAUCAAGCUUAUGAAAGACAAGGAAUAACAUCUGCUGCUAUGAACAGUCUGCAAUUGUUUCUUAGGGGCUGUGUUGAGGCGGGUAGAAGCGACGGCUACGAGUCGUUCAGCGCAUCGCUGCUGCGGGCAAUGCUUCCUAAACCUUCUCCAACCGCUGCACGGGCGCUGCUUAUGGCCGUAUCCACUCGCAACCAAGGGUACACGGAAGCAUUAGAGCAUUAUUCUGCUCUUCAAAAUGAACCUUCUUGGGCGAGUGAGGGAGUUGAGAACUGUAUUGGCACCGAGCGGAGGUUGCUGCUUCCUGCUCACCUCACAGGUCCUCAAUGUCCACCUCGCGCCGCCCUCCGCUCGUUAGCCGCAAUUGCUGCGUUUAAGCUACAAAAGAUCGCUCAACUGGAAGAGCUAUUGGCUGCAGAUCUAGAUCCUGAUCACAUUGACGCUACGCAGUACUAUGAAAGCAGCUGUAAGCAUCAACUUUCUAUCUUGGCUCGACUUUUCCGAAGUGUGAUGAGGGUGGAAAGCUUCCUUCUGGCCGAAAAUCAUUCGAGUGCUCUAAAGGAAUGUGCCAGCAUGGUUACAUCUACAAUGUGGGUGGUUCCUGCCUUGCCUGCUGACCAUCCUUGCCAAGAACUGAUGCUGCUGGCUCCCCUGCUUAUCCAGACUCUCGUGUACUCACAUCUAGCGAGCCUUCACCUGCUUCUUAAUAACACGAUGAACGCUAACCAUUUCAAGCGUUUAUCUGAACAAAAUUAUGCAUGUUUGCAGGACUUCAGAGCUCUUAACACGGUACACAAGCAAAGUGCUACAGGCCGUUCAAGCCCCAAAAACGAAUGGAACAGACCUUUGAAAAGAAAAUAUGAAUCUUUAGAUUUCGACUCCGACGUCGAUUUUAGAACGGAACGUGGUGCUCAUGCUAGACGAAACAAUCAUGCAUUUAACGUGCAUGAACAGCUGCUGACUUAUUGUGAUCUCUUUCACUCUGAUCAUAGGUUGGACGAGUCUUCUCUUGUUGUCAUAAUUGCUAUGAUUACGUUUAUAUCGAACUCUUUACUAUGUUCACAAGUCCGGAAAUAAAUUGAUUAUUCUCAAA